CAUUUUUGGAACGAUGUACGAGGUGGUGCUGCAUGUGUACGACUUGACGCGCGGCAUGGCGCGGCAGAUGUCGCCUGCGUUGCUGGGACGCCAGAUCGAUGGAGUGUGGCACACAGGAAUCAUGGUGUACGAGAAGGAAUACUUCUUUGGAGGCGGAAUCCAGGCGAUCCACCCGUCCUAUGUUGUCGAAACCUACGGUCAACCUGUCCAAGUCCUCCGACUGGGUUCGACGCAAGUUCCGCCUGAAGAAUUCAACGCGUUCCUCCACGAAGUGAGUCCUCGGUUCACAGCCGCCACGUACAACUUGCUCACGAAUAACUGCAACAACUUUUCGAACGAAGUUGCGCUAUUUCUCGUUGGCAGCGGCAUACCCCAGCACAUCUUGGACCUCCCGAAUGAAGUCCUGUCGACUCCCAUGGGUGCCAUGUUUCGCCCGAUGAUUGAGCAAAUGCAAGCAAAUAUGGCUGUCAACGUUCAGUCGCACGGCGGCGGGAAUCCGUUUCUUGCAUCUACUUCACUUCCCCCUCCUCCAUCUCGUGCUGCUGCAUCCGUACCUGGACCGUCACCGUUCAAAUCCCUCGACAGCUACGUGCGACCUGUCGUCUCUGGCGAGCCUACUCUGCACUUCGAUCGCAUCCUUGCAAACGUGACGGCCUUCCAUUCGUUUUCAGCGGAGGAACUUGCCGCGUUUCAACGCUUGGCGACCCAUUCCCCAGCCAGUUUGGACGCCCAAGUCAUUCAGGUCGACAGAUCGCUUUGGUGGCAAGCGCUUGUCCCCGUGCUGACGCAAAACACUAACCCCUUCAUGGCAUUGUGUCUGCUGCGGGCAGUUCUCGCCGCCGAAGUCGCGCUUAAUGCGCCAUCCACCCCCGACGCGGCGUCCUCCGUCAUUGCAUGGCUAGUGGAUCACGUGGAUCAAGCAUCCAACAACUCGUCGUUUUCAUCGGCGCUCCGCAUCGUAUACCUGAGCUCGUUUGUCAACCUCCUCGCGGCGCCAUCGACUUCGACGCUGCUCGCACCUCAUGCGCUUCGCUUCUUGCCGUUUGUGUGGUCGACGUGGCACCAGCUCCCGCCUUCCCAUCCAGCCGCAACUGUCGCUGCUGCCGCUGUCUUCAACUUCACUCGAUUGUCGGACGUGGCGUUGGACUGGACAGUGCAGUUUACUGUCGUCGGCGGAAUCGCGGAAUCGCUGGACGUGUAUGCAUCGACCGACUCUAUCAAUGAACAGUCGGUGGAGCGGUUGAUUGCAGCUCUGGGACGGUUGCUGCAGCAAUGUCCUUCAGCGCGCCCGCUGGCCGGCGAAGUAGGUCUCGUCCACGUCUUGGCACGGCUCAAACCAAGGGUGGCGGCCACGACGCAUGCUGCGCUGGCUGCUCAUGUAUUAUCGCUGAUCUGACAGGAUUGCAUGGAACGAUUCCCCACUCGAACGACAUUCUCCUUCAUAUCUGUGCCUAAGCUAGGAGGGAUGCAUGCCCAUCAAUAUUUCUACCAUCUUCUAUCGAACCAAUUCGAGUUGCU